ACAAAUUUCAAUUAGCACUGACACCAACAGACACUCGCUACAGCUCGAGAAGUGAUCAAAACGCACGAAAGUCUUCACAAUUCGUUCACAAAGCGAGCGAUUCACGCCCGGUCGCAUGGUCGCUUCUCUAUGCGCUAUAAACUGCGAUUUUGUCUUCUCGUCUUGUUUAUCGCUUGCGAAUUAGAGUUUGUGGUGAAUGAAAGAGAGGGAUGUGAUGGAUUUGCGGUGUUUGCUGCGCUUGCGGCUUGUUUUUCAGGCGAAAUGGAUUCGGUUCAUGGUGGCGCUCGCGCACAUUCGCCGGAUAACGAACUGGGUGGUGAGGAUAGGUCUCCACAAGCGUACGGUGUGCACUCAGAAUUGAUGGCGCCGACGCAUGACUCGGAUGUGACCGGGCUGAGAGAACACGCGGAUGGCGCGGACUUGUACGACGGAGCCGCGCGCGAUGGAUUUGACCCGAGCGGAAUCGACGCGGCUCUGUCAGGCGCGGAGUCGAUGUCGCAACCCGGGCAGUUCGACUCGCCGGAAGUUGGUACAGCUGAUCAAGGGUGUUUGGUUGGAGGUCGCGUUGCUAUGUCUGGAGUACCUGUAGCCAUCGAUGCGACGGGUUUGGAACAGAGCGAUGUGCAGCAGACGCACGACUUUGUGGGAAACAGCGGCCUGGUGACUCACAUGCAUGGAUCAUUGACAACACUCGUCAACUCGGAUUAUGCACUACAGUCGACGCAGCAAGUGCGUGCCUCAACGUAUCAAAUACUGCCGGAUACAUCAGUUGACAGCUUGAAUCCGGAUGCUACAGCACUUGAUCCAGGUGCUGACCAGGGUGACUGUGAUGGACGUUAUGAAGGCGAGCUAAGAGAGCAGGAUCGCUUUCUUCCUAUUGCCAAUGUGGCUCGAAUCAUGAAGAGAAAUAUUCCAAAGAGUGGAAAGAUCUCAAAAGAAGCAAAGGAAUGUGUACAGGAGUGUGUGUCGGAGUUUAUUAGUUUUAUCACUAGCGAAGCCAGUGAACGAUGUCAACAAGAGAAACGGAAAACCAUCAACGGCGACGACAUUCUCUACGCCAUGCAGACUCUUGGCUUUGACAAUUACAUCGAGCCACUACGAGUCUUCCUACAAAAUUACCGAGAGUUCAUGCGAGGCGAACGAGGCUCAAACCCAUCACAAAUGGGACUGGGAGACGACAUGGAAGACGUAGUAGAUGAACACAGCACGAUGUCAGGAGGUGCAGACACACCUAGUGGACAGGCAUUUCCUACUGGGCUCAUAGCAGAUCAUACUGGAAGCACACAGCCUCCUGCUUCGACUCCGAUUUUCACAACUCAGUAUGGUGUUACAACUCAGAUUACUCAAGCGAUGUCGUACUAGAUGAAGAAUAGAGCAGACGGUAUUACUUGUUUGCCUGCCAUGCUGUGUUGCGAGGGUGACUGUUGGUGGGCAUCAUAACAUUUGAGACUCUGUACAUUGUGAAGGCAUAGUCUACCAUAACGAUAAUAUAUCUGACUUAGACUCGUAUUGUAUAUUAUCUGAGUGAUCAUGUCACGCGGUUGUGUAUUUGGUCAUGCUCUCGUCACGCACACAGACAGACAGACAGACAGACACACACGCACGAACACAUGCACACACACACACACACACAUGUACACACAC